AUGAUCACUCGGAAAUCUUCCCUCCUCCUCUCCAUCGCGACCAUCAGCCUACUCAUCCUUCUCUACACCUCGAGGAUAGGCGGCUGGUCCGGCCUGGACGAGCCCUACUACCGCCCCGACCAUGACCAUCACGACCCGCACAAGAGCCAACAUGCCCCUCAGGGGAACCCCCACGAUACCCCCCAUCCUCCGCCUCCGCCGCCGCCGUCCGACCCGGGAUGCGAGGGCUUCCCGGACACCAGCAAGGUGCUGCUGGUCAUGAAGACGGGCGCAUCCGAGUCCUACGCCCGCAUCCCAACACAGCUCAUGACAAUGCUCCGGUGCCUGCCCGACUUCCUCAUCUUCGGCGACAUGGAGCAGAACAUCGGCGGGCAGCGGAUCCACGACAGCCUCGACCAGGUGCUUCCCGAGGCGCAAGAAGGCAACUCGGACUUUGACCUGUACCGGCGCCAGAAGUGGUGCCUCGUCGACCAGGAGGUCUGCAACAAGCUAGGCGACCCGGCCAAGGAGGGGUGGAACCUGGACAAGUACAAGAACGUGCACAUCGCUGAGAAGGCUUACAAGAUGCGCCCCGACUACGACUGGUACAUCUUUGUUGACGCCGACACCUACGUGCUGUGGCCGAACCUGAUACAGUGGAUCAAAAAGCUGGACGCGAAGAAGAAGCUGUACCUCGGCAGCGUGACCUUGAUCCACAACUUCAGCUUCGGCCACGGCGGCUCGGGCUACCUGGUCAGCCAGGCCGCCAUGAAGGACUUUGUGGGUGCCAACCCUGGGGUCGCCAACGAGUACGAUCUGCAGGCGCAGAAGGAGUGCUGCGGUGACUACAUCUUUGCGCGCGCCUUGAAGGACAAGACCGACGUGGGAGUCCAGCAGAUGUGGCCCACCAUCAACGGCGAGAAGCCAGCGACGCUCCCCUUCGGCCCAUCCCACUGGUGCCACCCGGUCGUGACAAUGCACCACAUGAACGCCGAAGAGAUCAACAGCUUCUGGCACUUCGAACGCAAACAAACUCGCAAGCAAACCACCCGCCCCCUCCUGCUCCGCGACAUCUACGACGAGUUCCUCGCCCCCCACCUCAACGAGACGCGCGCAGACUGGGACAACCUGGCCGACAACCGCUUCUACCUUGACCCGGAGCGCAAGUGGUCCGACUGGCAGCUCAAGCGCACCAAGAAGGCCGAGGAGUACAACGAGCAAGAAAAGAAGGCGCACAAGUCCUUCGAGGACUGCGGGGCGGCGUGCAAGAGCCUCGGCGCGGGCGACUGCUUCCGCUACAAGUACGUCGACGGCGCCUGCAGCAUCAGCAACGCCUUCAUCAUGGGCAAGCCCGUCAAGCCCGCCGACGACGACAAGGACCGCACCAUGAGCGGCUGGGACAUGGAUAAGAUCAAGGCGUGGAUUGCCGAGCAGCCUCCCUGCUCGGAUGAUGUCAAGUGGCCCAACGUCAAGACUUGA